AUGUCCACUAAAGAAGAAGAUGCGAAAGAUCAUUGUUCCUCAAAAAGUUUCGCGUGUUUUACUCGCCGAUUGCUUGCUGUCUCAGCUGCUCGCUUACCUCAUGUUGUGCUUUUAGCAGUUUUUGAAUAUUUAAAUCUUAAAGACUUGGCACAAUGCAUGCGAGUUUGCAAACAUUGGUGGACUGUUUUACUGUAUCCGAACAGCUUUGUAUGGAAACGUUUGGCAUGUACAAUUAUCCCAGAUGAAGCCCUUAAUGAUCCCUGUCUUCUAUCAGAAACCCCUUCUUUCAAGGAAAAAUUACGAGCGUUUUGCUAUGCAUGGAAUCCGAACGAUUCUUCAAAGAAUAAUUAUUUACGCUCCAACGGUUUUACGGUGCAUCGAAAUCCAAUUGCUCAAAGUACUGAUGGUAUCCGAGGUAAAAUAGGCGUCAGUAAUGGGAUACAUGCAUGGGAAUUCAUGUGGGAAGGACCGCUGGGAACAGUAGCAUGUAUAGGUUUAGCGACGAAGCAUGCAGCGCUACACUGUCAGGGUUAUGUGGCUUUAUUGGGAAGUGAUGAUCAAAGCUGGGGCUGGAAUCUUGUCGACAAUCAGUUGUUGCAUAAUAGCACACAAAUCUGUUCUUAUCCACAUAUUAAUAAUCCUCCAAAAUAUCAGAUGGGAGAAAGAAUUCGAAUGAUAGUGGAUUGUGAGCAACACUCUAUGUAUUUUGAAAAAGGAAGUGAAUUUCUAGGUAUUGCCUUUAGCCGCCUACCCCCAUUAAAACUAUUUCCUGCUAUGUGUGCUGUCUAUGGCAAUACUGAAGUGUCAAUGGUUUAUAUUGGGCCACCUCUCUUAGGCUAA